AUGGCGGACUCGGUUGCAUACGACAAAUACAUGAAGGAUACGCUCGAUGAGGAUGCAAUCGACGUCGAUGAUCUCGGCACUGACAGCUACAACGAGACAUACGGCGCUGGUAAGGGCGUUGACUACGAAGAUGGUGAUGAAUACUCGGAAGAGAUCACCCAGGAGGAUUGCUGGGACGUCAUCCGUGCCUUCUUCGAGGAAAAGGGUCUCGUGCGUCACCAGCUCGACAGUUUCAACGAGUUCAUGUCUAACACCAUUCAGGAGCUCGUCGAAGAGGUGCGCAGCCUCACCCUCGAGCAGAGCGAUCAGCAUUCCGGUCAUGCAGAGGACAAGACCCGUCGAUACGAGAUCGAGUUCGGUCAGAUCUACCUCAACAAGCCAACCAUGACUGAGUCCGACGGUAGCUCGGCACAGCUCUUCCCUCAAGAGGCUCGUUUCCGUAACUUGACUUACUCGGCUUCCCUCUUCGUGGAUGUGACACAAAAGGUGCUCGUGCAGAGCGAGGAUGAAGUCGACCUCAACGGUGAUCCUGCUUGGAUUCCCGAGUAUGGCAAGACGGACGUCGAAGAGGAACAGAUCUUCAUCGGCAAGGUUCCCAUCAUGCUCAAGUCUGACUUCUGUUGGCUCAAGGGUCUCGAUGAUGAGAUGUCCUACUCGCUCAACGAGUGCCCAUACGAUGCAGGAGGAUACUUUGUCAUCAAUGGUUCCGAAAAGGUCCUCAUCGCUCAAGAGCGUAUGGCUGCCAACCACGUCUACGUCUUCUCCAAAGCUCCUCCCGCUCCCGUCACCUUCCUUGCCGAGAUCCGCAGUGCCGUCGAGAAGGGAGGCAAGACCAUCUCUACAAUGCAGGUCAAGCUCUUCUCUCGUAACAAGGAAAAGACCGCCAACAACACCAUCCGCGCCACCCUCCCUUACAUUCGUAAUGACAUCCCCAUCGUCAUUGUCUUCCGUGCUCUCGGUAUCGUCCCCGACCGAGAGGUGCUCCAACACAUCUGCUACGACUUCAACGACACACCCAUGCUCGAAAUGCUCAAGCCAUGUAUCGAGGAGGCCUUCGUCAUUCAGGACCGUGAUGUUGCCCUCGACUUUAUCGGUCGUCGUGGUACCACCACCGGUCUCUCGCGUGCAAAGCGUACCGUCUAUGCGCAGGAGAUCUUGCAGAAGGAGAUGUUGCCACACAUCUCGACCUCAGAGGGCUCCAACACAAAGAAGGCCUACUUCUUCGGCUACAUGAUUCACCGUCUAUUGCUUGCUGCUCUCGACCGCCGCGAGAUCGACGACCGUGACCACUUCGGUAAGAAGCGUAUCGAUCUUGGUGGUCCUCUGAUGGCCAACCUCUUUCGUAUGCUCUUCCGCAAAGUCACUCGUGACGUCUACCGACACUUGCAAAAGUGUGUCGAGGAGCACCGCGAGUUCCACAUCCAGGCUGCCGUCAAGUCGAGCACCAUCACCAACGGUUUGCGAUAUUCGCUUGCUACCGGUAACUGGGGAGACCAGAAAAAGGCCAUGCAGGCUAAGGCCGGUGUCUCGCAGGUACUCAACCGAUUCGCUUUCGCUUCUACACUUUCACACUUGCGUCGUACCAACACCCCCAUCGGUCGUGAUGGUAAGAUUGCCAAGCCUCGUCAACUUCACAACACCCACUGGGGUAUGGUGUGUCCAGCCGAGACGCCAGAAGGUCAAGCGUGUGGUUUGGUCAAGAACCUCAGUCUGAUGGCUACCGUCACUGUCGGUACGCCCUCAGCACCUAUUGUCGAGUUCUUGGAGGAGUUCGGUCUCGACAGUUUGGUCGACAUGCAGCUCGCCCACGCCAAGGCGACCAAGAUCUUUGUUAAUGGUGUCUGGAUGGGCACGCACGACGACCCUGCUCAGUUGGUCGACACUCUUCGCGACCUUCGUCGAAAGGAUGAUAUCUCGCACGAAGUCUCCGUCGUUCGUGACAUCCGUGAGCGAGAGCUCCGUAUCUACACCGAUGCCUCUCGUGUCUUGCGUCCUGUCUUCAUCGUCAACCCUCACGACAUGACCUUGUUGAUCAAGAAGCGGCACGUAGAGAUGAUCGGUCAGACCAUUCCACAGACCGGCGAAGAGUUCCGAUGGACUCACCUUAUCCAGGAAGGUGUCAUCGAGUACCUCGACGCCGAAGAAGAGGAAUCGGUUCUAAUUUGCAUGUCAACCACCGAUUUGGAGCAGUCAAGGGAGUACAAGGCCCGCAACGGACAGAUCAACCUCAACUCGGCGGAUCCCUCGGCUCGACUCAAGUCCGUUCAUACGAUUGCACCCGAUACAUGGACCCAUUGCGAGAUUCAUCCUGCCAUGGUCCUCGGUAUCUGUGCUAGUAUCGUUCCCUUCCCCGACCACAACCAAUCGCCGAGAAACGUUUACCAAUCAGCGAUGGGCAAGCAGGCAAUCGGUAUUCCUAUCUCGAACUUUAUCUCCCGAGCUGAUUCGAUGAACCAUAUCCUCUAUUAUCCCCAAAAACCUCUCGGAACGACUCGAUCGAUGGAGCACUUGAGGUUCCGAGAGUUGCCCGCCGGUCAAAACGCCAUUGUAGCUAUCAUGUGUUACUCGGGUUACAACCAGGAAGACUCGGUCAUUAUGAACCAAUCCUCGAUCGACCGAGGACUCUUCCGCUCGCUGUACUACCGAGGAUACAUGGCCGAGGAGAAGAAGGUCGGCGUCAUGCAGCUCGAAGAGUUCGAAAAGCCGCAUCGCGACACUACCAUCCGCAUGAAACACGGUACCUACGACAAGAUCGACGCCGAUGGUCUCUGUGCACCAGGCACGCGUGUGUCCGGCGACGACGUCAUCAUUGGCAAGACGGCACCGCUGCCACCAGACUCGGAGGAGUUGGGUAUGCGCUCGAAAUUGCACACCAAGAAGGAUGCCAGUAUCUCGCUCAAGUCGACCGAGAAUGGUAUUAUCGACCAGGUGCUACUCACCACCAACUCACACGGUAACAAGUUUGUCAAGGUCCGAGUCCGCAACUCGCGUGUUCCUCAGACGGGUGACAAGUUUGCCUCUCGUCACGGUCAGAAGGGUACGAUCGGUAUCACAUACCGCCAGGAGGACAUGCCGUUCUCGACAGAGGGUGUCACACCAGACAUCAUCAUCAACCCACACGCCAUCCCCUCGCGUAUGACCAUCGGACAUUUGGUCGAGUGUCUCUUGUCCAAGGUGGCUGCUUUGUCGGGUCAGGAAGGUGAUGCUACACCUUUCACAGAGCUCACCGUCGAAGCUGUGUCUUCGAUCUUGCGUGGUCUCGGCUAUCAGUCGCGUGGCUUGGAGGUCAUGUACCACGGUCACACGGGUCGCAAGCUUCAAGCACAAGUCUAUCUGGGCCCUACCUACUACCAGCGACUCAAGCACAUGGUCGACGACAAGAUCCACUCUCGUGCACGAGGUCCUGUUCAGAUCUUGACACGACAGCCAGUGGAAGGACGAUCUCGUGGAGGCGGAUUGCGUUUCGGAGAGAUGGAACGUGAUUGCAUGAUCGCGCAUGGUAUCGCAGGGUUUUUGAAGGAGCGUAUGUUUGAUGCUUCGGAUCCUUACCGUAUUCAUGUUUGCGAUCUGUGCGGUCUGACGGCACUGGCGAACUUGAAGAAGGGUACAUAUGAGUGCCGAAGCUGUAGGAACCGUACCGCCAUCUCGCAGAUUCACAUUCCGUACGCUGCUAAGCUGUUGAUGCAGGAGUUGAUGAGUGUUAACGUCGCUCUGCGUCUUUACUAG